AAAAAUUUCAUUUCCAGUUAGAUUUCUCUUAGAUUUUCUUUUCUUAAUUAUUGUUAAGAGAUGGAUUUUCAUAGAAUGAAGAGAAAGGAACUGCAGGGGUUGUGUAAAAAGCACCGCGUCCCGGCAAAUUUAACCAACCGUGAAAUGGCGGAUCGUUUGGCUUCCAUUUUUAAGGAAAAUCAAGAUCCUGUUUCGUUAGAAGAGUUGAGCUCAAUUCCAAAAGAAAGAUGUAGCGAGGAUAAAGCUAAUGCUGUCAAAAAGAAGGUAAAGAAAGUUAGGUUUAGUCCUGACGAUCAAACCAUCGAGGAUGAGGAUUCUGGCUAUCAUCAGCUUAAGAGAAGGUCUAGGAGGCAAACACUGUCCAAUAAUCCUGUCCAGGUACUUAAAAAUGCUGUAAGUGAAGAUAUUAAAAAGUUUGAGGGCUGCCAAUCAAGAGUCACAAGGUCUAGAGUGCAAAAUGCAGUUGAAGAAGAAAUAAAUACUGUUUCUUCCUCCUGUUGGGAGAAAGAGAGGGAGGGGAUGCAAGAAGAAUAAAGCUGCCGAGGUGCUUAAUAUUGGUGAUACCGAGG